ACAGAGCCCCGGGCACCGCCGGGCGGGACCGGACCUGCGUGCGCCGGCCCGAGCCGGGCGCCUCCCGCGUCCCGGAGCGGCCCCGCCCGCGCGGCUGGCCUCCUGCCCGGCGCCGCCGCGCCGCGUCCUUCCUCACCGGGCAGCCGCGUCAGACCCCGGGGGACGCCGGCCGGGAGCGGAGCCUGACGCCGUCCCCGCGGCGCCCGCAGCGGCCUUGGCCAUGGGCACGCCGGCCUCGGUGGUGAGCGACCCUCCGGGGGGGACAGCGCCCGCAGCCCGCGGCCGCAAGCGGGCCUCGGCCAACAUCUUCCAGGGCGUGGGGCUGCCGGAGCUGCGGAGCCUGUUCCAGAACGGCGGGGCCGAGCGGCCCGAGGAGCGCGCCCGCCUCGUAUGGCGGUACGGGGGCCAGCGGCGCAUGGCGCGAGCCCUGCGGCGGCUCCGGCGGCGGCAACCGGCACAACCCGGCGGCGGGAUGGCGCGGGCCCUGCGGCGCUUCGGCCACCUGCGGUAGGAUCGCAGAGAAGGAGCCAGAGGGUCCGUGUAGCAGCACCGAGCUGGUGUACUGAGAAGGUGCAGGGCUGCUGGACAACGGGUGCCAGGACCUGUGAGGACACUAAGUGUACGGACAGGCUGCAAUGGUUAAUAAAAGGUGGACAGUG